AUGGAAAAUCCUCUCCUGUCUCUGCAAAGCAUUCUGGCUACCUGGCUGAGCUCCAGCUCCACCUCCUGGGUGACUGACACCAUCAUCAGCAUCGUGUGUGGACUGGGGCUCUUCCUCCUAUUACUCUCCUUCCUCCCAAGUGAUCCAUACUCACCACCAUCUAGAAAACACGGAAACAUCAGGAAGCAUCACCUGGAGCCAAGGGGGGAGGAGGAAGAGAGGCGCAGCUCUGAGAGAAAUUACAAAGUAAGUCAAGAUCAAGAUUUUAAGGAGAAAGAAAAAGACAUAUCACAUCCAAAACAAAUGGGCUCAGCCUACAACAUGAAUUCCUUGGGGAGCACAUUGAAACCUCUGGGUGCUGAGCAGGACACCACAACCCCCAACUCUCGCAGCACAAAAGGCAAACCAGAACUGCUGCCUGGUCCUCAGCAGCCCUCAGAUCCCAAAGUCUUGGGGGACCACCUACAGCAGACAUAUAACCAGCUUUUCUGGGGUCUCCCUUCCCUCCAUGGCAAAUCUUGGGCCACUGCCUGGAUCCCUGAGAGCCCUUCAGCACUACAGUCUCCAUCUUUUUUAUUCAAUGUAAUCUCGAAUUGUUACCCAUUUCAAAUGCAGGCUAAAAUUUCCCCACCGUCUUUCCAGUCCCAGCCUCUGUCCCAACUGGAGUUCCAGUCUCAACUCUUGAUUCCACUCAUUCCUUAA